UCUAUAAACGCCCUCAGGAUAUGCUAAAUUACUUUACUUAUGACUUGACUUCCCUCAUGAUGCAUAAAUGACAUAUCGCUGACAACUCGAAACAACGGACAUGUUUUUUUCUGUAACGCCGAAAUAGAUUUUGUUGUUGACCCUUUAAGAAAUGGCGGAUUUAAGUAAAUCGGACAUUUUCACUCGAUUGUAUCUUGUAUUAGAAGUGACAGGAUUUCUUCUUCAUCUGCUGGGAUUUUGUACUCCGUACUGGCGAUCUCUCCAUUUUAAAUACACAGAGGAUGUUAUAAAAGACAUUGAUAUAGUGAUCCAAGGUUUUGACGAGGGGAUCUGGAGGAGGUGUGUCAAUGGAAUUUGUUCUGAUAUCAACAUUGUUGGAAGAGAUUGGCUACAAGUUGUGAGGGUUUUUGAGAUUAUUGCCCUUGGAGCAUCUCUAUUCGCCACAUUUCUUGUCAUUCUGAAUCUUUCUGUGUCCAGAUUCUCUGACAGCAAAAGAAUUUAUUUUUUGGCGCUGUUGUCUUGCUUUGUUACAGCUGGAAGCAUUCUGCUGUCCGCAAUUGUAUACGGGGCAUCCGUCAGAGAAGGAAUCACUUGGUCCUAUGGAUGUGUUGUGAUUGCAGGAAUAUUUUUCAUGGCGUCGGGAGUGCUGAUGCUGACAAAUUACUUUACAAUGCGUUCCAAAAAAUAAUUGUGCUUAUCUAUCCUACUUAUUUAUCUUGACAGUUUACAUUUAGCUUAUUAACAUUUUAAAUAACAGACAGACACUGUGCUAAUAUAAAUAA